GAUAAGUCAUUGGUACUGCAUUUCUUUGUGCAGUAUAGUUUUAGUGUCUUCAAAGCUGUCUCGUACUGGGUGUGACGAUACACUACAUUUUACCUGCUAAAGUGAUUGUACAAAUAAAUAGUAGCCACUAGAUAAAGAGAAUCGUUUGAAUUAUAGAAUUAUCUACUAUUUGCACUUUCUGGAGAGACAUAUUGUGUAUCAAUAUUGUUUUCUUCGGGACUUGGUUUGCCACUGAACCAUAGAAUUUUCGAAGACUAUUUUCUGAAGGUAUGGAUACGUCCGUGCAAUUUCCACUAAAUCCUGCAGUUUCCAUAAUAAUCGACUUUAAUAAGUACGAUAAUAGACAGAAACAUCCUGUGUACGCUUUUUAUUUACAAAGAAUUAUUAUCGAUCCGAAAGGUUAUAAUAAAUUAACUGUUGGGGUUCCAAGAGCUUUCUUGGAUAAAAUGAAAAUUGAAAGCAGAAAAACAGAACUUCUAAAACUAAUGGACGAUCGAACUUAUACGAAAUUUCAUAGUAAGAAAUCCCAUACUCGUGUAGUAGUAUACAAGGAUGGUACGCUGAAAUUUAAGGGUCCGAAAAGAACGUUUGCGAAUGAAGUUCACAUAAACAAAAAUACAUUUUUAACCUUGCUACACUUUGUUGACAAUAACUUCAAUAGAAAUGAUGAAAAAGGUGAUGAAAAUAGAGACGAUAAAAUAAAUAAUAAAAAAAGAAGAUCUAAUAUUGCAGGACCGUAUGCGGUUGAAGUAGAAAACAGUGAAAGUAGCAGUGAUGCUGAAAUCGUAAAUAUUGAGACUGACGGCGAAGAGUCAGGUACUGAAAAAUCUGACUAUGGAUGUUACUGAGCAAAAGAACAAAAGUGAUGAUUGAACUGGUCACGAUGUAAUAUUUUAUCAUACAUUAAACAUGGUUCGGGGCUUUGCAAUAUAAUCAAGCAAAUUCGGAAUUCAAUGCACGUAUUUCUUUGUAUUCAGUCAAUAAAUAUUGAAUAAAAAUUAAUAAAUAGA